AUGACAAUCUACAUAUUAUUAUUAGUUUUGUUGACAUUACCCGCCACUGGAGCAAUUCAGUGCUAUUCAGGAAGUCAGCUGCAGAUUACUGAAUGUCCGAGUAUAAAUUGUAUCAAGCAUUCACUUGGUUUUGAUACGGCAAGGUACUGUGAUGGUACUGGUGGAUCAUCUAUCUGUCAAACGUAUCGCUUAUUUGAAACGUGUGAAACAAUUCCUAAUCUUGGUUACAUAUGUUGCUGCUCUAGUAACCUCUGUAAUUCUGCUCACUCUAUUUUCAUGUCCAAAAUUACUCUGCCGGUAUUUGCCCUUUUAUUAUCUAAAAUAAUAUUGUGA